CGAACCGUGGACGACGAUGGCGUCGCUGGGGAGCAAAGUGGACGAGCAAGUCGUCAAAGCGCCGCAGCAGAAUGGGGGCGGUUGCAGGAACGAGGAACUGCAGCUGGAAGACAUUCUGGAUAACAAUAACGAGAACAUCGAGGUGGAGAUGGUGGUGCCGCCAGAUGGUGGAUGGGGUUGGGUGAUCGUCGCUGCUUCCUUCAUGUGCAACCUGUUCGUGGACGGCAUCAUCUUCAGCUUUGGCGUCUUUCUCAACGAUAUAUCCGAGGCUUUCGCGGUGUCCAAGGCGAGAGUGGCGCUAGUUGGUUCGUUGCAGUCUGGAUUUUAUCUUAUGGCUGGUCCAUUCGUCUCGGCGUUGGCCAAUAGGUACGGCUUCCGGCUGGUCGCGAUCCUCGGAAGCGUGAUAAGUUGCAGCGCGUUCGUUCUCUCGUACUUCAGCACCUCCAUCGAGUUCCUCUACGUCUCUUACGGCGUGCUUGGAGGUAUCGGAGCAGGCCUGAUUUACGUGCCGGCUGUGAUAACUACAGGAUUUUAUUUUGAAAGAUGGCGAGCACUGGCCACCGGGAUCGCCGUCUGCGGAUCCGGAAUCGGCGCUUUCUUGCUUGCGCCGAUCUCAGAUAUACUGGUGAAGCAAUUCGGUUGGAGGGGCGCAUUGCUCUUCCAAGCAGGCUAAUCGAGAGAGAUUUUAAUCUAAUUCGCUUGGUACUAAAAAGGAAAACGAUUGACUGCUUGAAAUGUCGUGCAGGGAUGCUUUUGAAUUGCACCGUUUUCGGCGCCAUGUUCCGUCCAUUGAAACCAACGCGGAUCAAGGUGAAAUCUACGCCGGAAAACGCCGGUUUGGAAGUAAAGAGCAGCCUGAUGGCAAGAGGUGUGUCCACAGCGUCGCUGCAUUGCGUGCAGCCAGAAAGAAGCGGCUUCUUCGGGACUAAUAACAAUACCGAUUACCCAACGGCUGCCGAACUGUUUGGAAGCAAUCCCAACAUAGUAAACGUCUCGAAAUCGUUGCAUUCCCUUCACAAGGCUCACGUGGAGCUGCGAACACUGGAAAGGAAGUUGAGCAGCUCGGAGAAGCGGCUGUCCGUCCCGAUCUAUCCCGAGUUGGACAUGAACAUGGAGGAGAAGAUCGUCGAGGAGGAGAACAAUCUCCUCGGUGGAGAUGUGGAGAGACUGAAUGGCAAAGUGCCCACGAUUCGCAGACACACGAUCAGCGGUAGACGAUUGCGCGCGGACUCGGACUGCAGCCAGAAAUCGUUGAAGGUGGGCAACAGGCGGAAUCCAUUCAGCAAAGAUCCACAGAGGCCGUUCUACAGGGACGAUAUCUUUUAUGGCGGCUCUCUGAACAGACUGCCGCAUUAUAAGUCACAGCAAUCGUCCGUUGGUUAUCACAUGUCUGUCACGCGUUUACCCACCGCGACAGAUGUUGCCGAAGAGGAGAGCGGAAGCUGUUACAUCUGUCCAGAGAGCGUGCGUCGCAUCUUGACGACAAUGCUCGACCUAAGCCUCUUGAAGAGCCCAUCUUUCCUGAUCCUGGCCAUAUCUGGCGGACUCACGAUGAUGGGCUUCUACACACCCUUCAUGUACGUUCCAGAUCGAGCCCAAUUGGCAGGCAUCGAGGCCUCUACUGCCAUGUUUCUCGUCUCUGUGAUCGGCAUCGGCAACACUAUCGGUCGUGUCGUCUGUGGACUUGCCAGCAGUUUGCCAGGAGUUAACGCGUUAGUCAUCAACAACGUAUUCAUCAGCACCGGUGGCCUUUUGACCAUUUUCUCCGGGCUGUCGCUCAGCAAGGGCUACCAGUUCUUUUACGCUACCGGUUUUGGCCUUACUGUCUUUGCCUCGUUGCGAUCAAUCCUGGUGGUGGAUCUCCUGGGGCUGGAGAAACUGACCAACGCUUUCGGAUUGCUUCUUCUGUUUCAAGGCGUGGCAGCUGCCAUAGGCGCGCCUCUCGCAGGCGCCUUCAUGGACGCGACCGGAAGCUACGACGCCUCGUUCUACCUGUCCGGUAGCCUGAUCUUUCUCUCGGCUGUGAUCUGUUACCCCUUGAAGAGGAUCAACGUGUGGGAGACGAGACGAGGCAGCGACAAGUGCAGCGACGAUCCGUCCUAGUCCGUGGAUCGACGUCGAACGCCAGACAGAAGACGGAAGUCUACGCGUUGUUGGCUGCCGUGUGUCUGUGUGUUGUACAUACUAACGCGUUCAUAAUUUAUAACACGACUGUUCGAAAUCGAUGAUUAAUCCGGCGAUGACACCGGGACUCCAGCAUGAUCAGGAGAUCAACGUGGAGCGAACGAGCUCCAUCUUCGUGGCUUCCAUUCGCUUCGAACUCGAUCGAUUUUCGCGAUUAAAAAAAAAAAAAAAAA